AUGGCUGGGAUUGGCAAGGGGCAGGCCUUUACCAGCAAUGACUUUAAAAAGGCCAUCUACGCCAUCAGAGGAAAUAAUCGCCAGACAAAAGGAAUGGCAUGUUCGGUUGCUAUUGAAGGACAAAACGAAGGCUCUGUUCUGUUAGUUACUGACACUUGGAAAGGCCCAGAACCGAUCACGGGGUGUCGAUUGCACCGCUAUUCACGCAAAAAGCAACACUUCGAAGACUAUCGACUUAAACCUAUAAGCAUUACAGUGCGUGGAAACUUCUCGUUAGUUUUGUGUGAUUUUGCAUGUGACCGCGGUAAAGGCAGCUUUGAGGUAAAAAGUCUUCAUAAGAAGUGUUUGAGUGGUCAGCAGCUCAAGAGGGACUUCCGGGUUUACACGAUUUAUCGAGAUGAAUGUAAAGUCCUGGAAUUAAUAUACAAUGAUGGUAGUUACAAACUUAUUGAUAAUGGUUUAUACGAUCUCACAUUAUGCGGAUCCCCAAUCAUUGAUGAGGAUAACUUUAAAAAAUAUCUCGUGGGAGUUUUGACGACCAACGCUGAGGGCAAAGUUAUUCCUUGUUUCCUGUCUAAUGGGGUAUUAGGUGAGUAAUGUCAAUGAUGAUGAUUGAAAUACUAUAUUUUACUUGAUUAAAUGCAACCCUGGAGUAAACGCUGAUCUUUAUUAAAUGCUGAGAUUGAAACAAAAUUACAAUUAAACGCCUCCCUCGAUUAAACGCCACCCCCAAUAAGAAGAAUGCACCAUUUAUUUGAGGAUUAACAAUGGUAAUAAAUUGGACUGAGUGGAGUCCAAUUCGGUCUAAAAUCGUACAAGUGAUUAACAAGCAGGAGUCCGAUUUGUUAAUCACAGGUAUGAUUUCAGAACGAAUUGGAUGACAGGAAGUUCUGUAAGCAACUAAUCAUGAAAAUAACAAAAUUUUUGUGAUAGUUUAGGCUUUUUUCUAAUUAAAACGCAAGAAAUUCCCAGAGUUUUUUGGCUAGCCGUGAGCAAAAAAGACAUUUAAGAACGCAGGUGCGCUGGCGCCCAUUGUUCAUGUGAUUACCGGUAUUUAUGCAUGACGCGUACUGUCCAUUAGUACUGAAAUCAGGACAGUUGAUGGCCAAUCAGAUUUGAGAAUUUUGUUAUAGUUUAUGAUAAUAGUAAGAAAAACUCGAUACAACUUGCUGGUCAUCUACACAAUCCAGACAAUCACGAUUCUAUCUUAGCAUAAAAAGCAAAAGCAAGUCAUGGGAACUUAAAACUUCUUUCUGCUUUAGAGACAUAAAAUAUUUACAAAAUUUAUUUCAUUUUAAAUGCAGAAAUUACAUAGAGGAUAUUACACGGGGGGGCGAAGAUAUGAAUUUUAUUUUCGAGUGGCAAAACAAUAUUUUACGAACAAGCGCAGCGAGUGAGUAAAAUAUUGUUUUUGCCACGACAAAAAGCCAUUCCUUUUGCUACCCUAUUUAAUUUAAUUUUUUUAUUUUUAAUUUUUAUUUUAUAUAGACAAAAAGACAUCGAUAAAGUAAAAGAUUUUUAAUGGCCAAAAAGUAAUUGGGACGGCUCAAAUUUACAGUACAGCAAUAUAAGACAUGGUUUACAAUAAUCUUGAGAAAUAACACUGAGCUGAAUAGGGCUCUACAAUGACAAAAUAUAAGCAAAACUUUGAAAAAUGUGUAAUUAAAAUUCAAAGGACGCAAGAUGCCUUCAAAUUUUGGGGGGAGAUUACUGAAAUUAUGUCAUCGCUAAACUCACUUGUGAGAUUAUGGAAAAUAAACCACUCGGGUCCCGGAUGUAGUUUUUAUGAAUUUUGCGAGUGCUAUAUUUUCCAGAUAAACUAUUUAAUAGUGUAUUAUUUCUGCAUUUAAAAUGAAAUAAAUUAGGGUCAUUGGAAAAGGUCUGCUAUGUUAAAUUAAAUAGGGUAGCAAAAGGAAUGGCUUUUUUUCUCAGAGGGACAAAAUUUGAAAUCAAAGAUGGGUAUGACUAUGCUACAAAUUUUCUUGGAAUAAAUAGGUGAAUCAGACAGGUCUGUUCCUAGAAGAGCUGACUCUUUUGAUUCUAUUUUUCUUGUGACCAUCUCUCAUUUGCAAUCACUCACUCUGGUAUUGGCAUUUUGGGUUGUCGCUUAUGGGAAGCUUAACUGUAGUAUUACUUAUAUUAUAUAUCAGUUUGUCUUGAGACUACAACUUAUAGGGUAUGCACAGUCUUGAAAAGUCCUUGAAUUCCAUUUUUCCAUGAAAAGUCCUCAAAUUUCUUUGCAAGUCCUUGAAAAGUCCUUGAAUUUUCUUCAACUUUGAAUAAAGUGGCCUGGAAAAGUGGCCUGGAAAGUGUUUGGUUGUCCAAGACAUAAUAUAAGCCAUAGCUCAGAGAAUUUGAUUGUUAUUUUGAUAAAGUGCUCUAUGUUUUAUGCAAGAAUUUAUUAUCAAUUUAAGACAAGUGAACUGAAAAAUGUAGAGUUGUUGGUGAAGCAAACAGUACAAGCCUUAAAUUAAAGCCUUAUUAGAAAAAGACUGGGAAUAUGUAUUUUUGGACAAUGUGUGAAAUUAUAUAGAAGGUGGUCCUUGAAAAUCUAAUGUGGUCCUUAAAAUUAAAAGCCCUUGAAAAAUGGUUGCAAUUUUUUGUAUGAACCCUGAAUUAGUACGAAUGAUCUGAUUUACAUGCAGUUACAUGUAGCAUCAAGAUUAUAUGAUAAAUAGCUAUUAAUUAUUAAAGCUAAGCUACUUAUCAUAUACCCUAUUUCUGAAAAAUGUAUGUUUUAUUAAAAUAUGACAUUACUUUUUAUAGAAGAGCCAGCAUUCACCACACAUCCUAAAAAUCAUCAGACACCGAGGGAAGGGGUAAAUAUAACCUUCUCAAGUGAUGCAAAUGGCAUUCCUGAACCAACAUUUACUUGGACCAAAGAUGGAUCGGCUGUAACUGCCAAUGAUAGAAUCAGUGUAUCAGCAGAUAACAAAAAACUGAGUCUUACAAAUGUGAAUAGGGCAGACAGUGGAGAAUACAGAUGUGUGGCUGCCAACAGUGUGGGCAUAGUUAACUCCAAUGCUGCUACAUUAACAGUACAUUGUAAGAAAACUUUUACUUUUUAUUUAAACCCAAUUGAAAAAUCACUUCCACUGCUCCUAUCCUGGAUUAUCUCAGUUACUCCAUAUGAGCGCUGCCUUUCAAAAUAAAGGGCUUGUCAGGUGCCCCUCUAACUUGAUUACCUCUCACUAUUCUUUUAUUCAGAGUCAAAAAAGUUGUAGAAUGCUAGAAAACACAGUUAUUUUGUAUUUGUGGUUUUUUGCUCAUCAAGGGAGCCUUGAGUUUUUCCUUACUCAUAUUAAUAUCUCUAUAUGAGAAGUGUUUACUUAACUGUACGUUACUCAUCGACGAGUAAACCCAGUUUCUUGUGGUCUUGGACUAGAGUCCAGAGUACGGCUAGGGUCGCACAACACUGAUGCUGUCAAUCAAUGCACUGACUGUGAGUAUGAUGUAGAACAUCUCAGAAUCACAUUUACCUUUAAAAGGCUUAGUUUCCUUGGUCAACACAUAUAGCAAUUGGUUACCUAAGUUUUGUUUUGUCAGUGUGUCUUGAGAUCAUUGAAGUACAUCAUUAACUUCAGUCCUAAGGUAUUUUGUAAAGUAGAUGUUAAACUGAAAUUUGUACAUCAUUCUGGUUAGUAAGGUGUAUUUAGUCAUUCAUUUCUUGUGACAGAUCAGCCUGAAUUCACAGCACACCCACAGAGUCAGACACUUGUGGAAGGAUCAAGUGUAACCUUUUCAAGUGAUGCAAAUGGCGUUACUGAACCAAUAUUUUCAUGGACCAAAGAUGGAUCUUCCGUAAUCGCUGACAAUAGAAUCAGUUUAUCAGUGGAUAACAAGCAACUGAGCCUAACGAAUGUGAAUAGGACAGACAGCGGAGAAUACAGAUGUUUGGCUGCUAACAGUGUGGGCACAGUUAACUCCAAUGCAGCUACAUUAACAGUACAUUGUAAGAAAACUUUCACUCACUUUUUACUUAAGUCAAAUCAUUGUGUAAUCCUGUGGUGCUAAGUGAACAUUUGUAAAUUUUACUUUCCCUUUCCCUGCCUGGAUCUAUUUUAGCCACUCCUUAUCAACAUCAAUCUGUAGGUGAUUUCAGAAACUAAAUGGAAAAAGAGGGUUUAGUUAUUAUUUUAUUUCUUUCUUAUUACAGUUCCUCCAGAAUUCACUGCACACCCACAUAGUCAGACAUCGAUGCAAGGAUCAAGUGUAACCUUCUCAUGUGAUGCAAAUGGUGUUCCUGAACCAACAUUUUCUUGGAGCAAAGAUGGAUCUGCUGUAACUGCUGACAAUAGAAUCAGUUUAUCAGCAGAUAACAAACAACUGAGCCUUACAAAUGUGAAUAGGACAGACAGUGGAGAAUACAGAUGUGUGGCUACCAACAGUCUGGGCACAGUUAACUCCAAUGUUGCUACAUUAACAGUACUUUGUAAGAAAACUUUUACUUACUUUUUAUUUUAACCCAAUUGAAAAAUCACUCCCACUGCUCCUAUCCUAGAUUAUCUCGGUUACUCCAUAUGAGCGCUGCCUUUCGAAAUAAAGGGCUUGUCAGGUGCCCCUCUAACUUGAUUACCUCUCACUAUUCCUUUAUUCAGAAUCAAAAAAGUUGUAGAAUGCUAGCAAACACAGUUAUUUUGUAUUUGUAUUUUUUUUGCUAAUCAAGAGAGCCUUGUGUUUUUCCUUAUUCAUAUUAGUAUCUUUAUAUGAGAAGUGUUUACAUAACUGUAUGUUACUCAUUGACAAGUAAACCCAGUUUCUUGUGGUCUUGGACUAGUGUCCAGAAUACUGCUAGCAGGGUUGUCACUAAGAUUUCAAGUUGCCGGGUAUUUGUCGUUAGUAGCCGGGGAAGUCGCAAGCAGUCAUGGAGCCCCUCCUCCCCCCCCCCCGAAGACGUUUUUGAAGUGCAACUUCUACCGUUUUCCAAAAGGCAUUACCGCCCCAAAUAAGCAAUCUUCAUCAAGAGUACAGCUAUCAUUAGCGGUUUUACGAUGAUCACGUCUUUAUUAAAGAAAACUACGACAUUUUGAGACACUAAAAUAAUAAGUUUUUACCUUACGUGAAGGCUCGUUGGAGGUUUUUUUUUAGUAGCCGCCAAUUGGGAAUAUACAUUUAAGCACCGGGCCUGAAAAAAAAUGACAGGUUGGCACCGGUCACGUUAUCUGCGCAGUCUUACCUUCACGCAGACAAGGCGCAUGCUGGCCAGUGAAGUGUUAAAUCACAACGAUACUUUACAAAUGUUAAAAAUGUGGAAAGGACAAUCGAUUCUUAUACCGUGCAAGUGAAUUAAGAUGCGCUGUAAAAUCAAUUGUAAAUCCUCAUUUAGUUAUACGUAAGAACGAAACAACUUACGGAAAGCAAAAUUAAAACUAAUAUUACAAGUGAAUUAACCCACGGAGAAGCGGAAAGAAGACAAGCGGACGAUGAAUGUACGAAAAAGCAUAAUAAACAUAAGAUUACUAUGGCUUGUUGAAAAAUGAAAGUAUGAUAAGGCUAAAACAAGCGUAACGUACGAAAACUCGCGGGAUAAAAUAUGGCAAAACUAAACUACACAACUGGUAACAUUAGUGGUCUCAAAUUUAUGAACGAAACAUCACUUAACAUACGAAGAAACUGACCUACGAAAAGCGUUUAAACGACAGGGAUAAUCCUUUAUAAACGACGCUGAGAUGUCAAAACGAGACUCAAGGAGAAAAAUGCAAAAGUAAUGCUAAUGCUUAACUUCCCUUUUAUAUACAAAUUCUUGGAAGUAGAACUGAGAGGAUGUGAUCAUGACCUGCGGACAAUGAUCGAAUAUUUCCCGUUGACCGUGCGUUCUUUUAUAUACUCCAUACCAAAAGCUAAAUGUAGACCUGAUCACUUAAAUGUCAAUAUAAUUAUUAAAGAUUGCAAUCAGUCAUAGUCUUCAUCUUCAAAGCCUUCAUCAUAAUCCUCAUUAUCAUCAACAUCAGCAUCAGGGAGAUUUAACGCUCGGAUGAUGCCUCAACUUGUGAUGUCAACAGAGAUCUGGUCAGGUCUUUCAUCGUGAACAAAGCGUGCAGAUUCUUCUGCCAUUUCUUCGACACGUUCAACACAAAGCGGACACAACGGUUGAAACUAGGGACUUUUAGCAUCGACAAAGGUGACGGCAGCGAAAACGUCUCUUUUAAAAUGAAUUGGCGUUUUUUCCAACUUUGUCGCGUUUAUUUCAAUUCGCUGAAAAUAGCUAAUGUAGGCCAAUUUCCCUGGAGUUGAUUUCUUUGGGACCGCACUCAAGUUUAGAAAGAGAAAGAAAAGUUUGUCGUCGCUUGUUUUUCGUCCUCUAUAUAAGACGUGAAGCUAGGCAUUUUCACGUCGUAGUCGUGCAGUAACAGCAAAGAAAUGUACAAAAAAGCACGAUGCACGUGCAAACUAGUUGUUUUGCUCAAUAAACCAAUUGCUUUUUUGACAUUCUCGUUGCCGUCGCCGUCGUCGUUGCUAAAACUUUCUACUGACAUUUCGCGAACGGAGAGUUUUAGCACGUGUGUACUAGUACCACAUCUAAGUCAGAUGUCUUUUACGACAUUUCUUAGUUUUUGCACGCGAGUAUUUCAAAAUUACUGAAACCUGCUGCAGAUGAAACUUGCAUUUAGUUUGAUGGAUAGUCUUCGCGUGUUUCAAAGGUGUGCUCGUUUGGUUUAAUUUAACGACGAAAGUAGCCGGGGGCCAUGCUCUGAGUAGCCGGGGGAAAUCCCCGGCCUCCGGCCCUUAGUGACAACCCUGAGACUGCUAGGGUCGCUCAACACUGAUGCUGUCAAUCAAUGCAGUGACUGCGAGUAUGAUGUAGAACAUCUCAGAAUCACAUUUACUGUUAAAAGACUUAGUUUCCUUGGUCAACACAUAUAGCAAUCGAUUAGCUAAGUUUUGUUUUGUCAGUGUGUCUUAAGAUCAUUGAAGUACAUCAUUAACUUCAGGCCUAAAGUAUUUUGUUAAGUAGAUAUAAAACUGAAAAUGUACAUCAUUCUGGUUAGUAAGGUGCAUUUAGUCAUUCAUUUCUUAUGACAGAUCAGCCUGAAUUCACAGCACACCCACAGAGUCAGACACUUGUGGAAGGAUCAAGUGUAACCUUUUCAAGUGAUGCAAAUGGCGUUACUGAACCAAUAUUUUCAUGGACCAAAGAUGGAUCUUCCGUAACCGCCGACAAUAGAAUCAGUUUAUCAGCGGAUAACAAGCAACUGAGCCUAACGAAUGUGAAUAGGACAGACAGCGGAGAAUACAGAUGUUUGGCUGCUAACAGUGUGGGCACAGUUAACUCCAAUGCAGCUACAUUAACAGUACAUUGUAAGAAAACUUUCACUCACUUUUUACUUAAGUCAAAUCAUUGUGCAAUCCUGUGGUGCUAAGUGAACAUUUGUAAAUUUUACUUUCCCUUUCCCUGCCUGGAUCUAUUUUAGCCACUCCUUAUCAACAUCAAUCUGUAGGUGAUUUCAGAAACUAAAUGGAAAAAGAGGGUUUAGUUAUUAUUUUAUUUCUUUCUUAUUACAGUUCCUCCAGAAUUCACUGCACACCCACAUAGUCAGACAUCGAUGCAAGGAUCAAGUGUAACCUUCUCAUGUGAUGCAAAUGGUGUUCCUGAACCAACAUUUUCUUGGAGCAAAGAUGGAUCUGCAGUAACUGCGGACAAUAGAAUCAGUUUAUCAGCAGAUAACAAACAACUGAGCCUUACAAAUGUGAAUAGGACAGACAGUGGAGAAUACAGAUGUGUGGCUGCCAACAGUGUGGGCACAGUUUACUCCAAUGCGUCUACGUUAACGUUACAAGGUAAAGAUAUCUUUACUGACUUAGACAGCAAAACUACGUUACACUAAACCGAAUUUUAGGGAAAAAAUCCGACUGUUUUGCAGUCCAUUAGUGGCUUAAUGUUGAUCAACGACCAAUUCUUCAUACUCGCUCCAAUAAACUUUUCUUCCAAGUCUUGUUCGUUAGCCGGAAAACUUCUGUGUGACAACAUUAUUUUGACUUAAAACCACUGAAGAGUGGCAAAAUUAUAAAAGAAUAUGAAUCACCUCAAAGACUAACAAACAUGCUAAAUUCCGUAGGCAACUCCACACAUAACAAUAAUCUGUUGCUAAUAUUUGUGAUCAUCAUGAUGGCGGUGUCUAGGAUAAUGAUUGUAGGGAGAUUUAGAACCACGUUUAGUGCAAAUGUCAAUGUCAGACAUCACAGUGAAGUGAACAAGGAAAUGAGCUGAUAAAAGAGAAGAGAACAGUCCAAAAUAAUUGCGUACGACGAUUGGAGAACACAGUUCAUAAUCUUGGGUUCUUUUGCUAGUAAUUAUAAGCGGUGAACUUUUUCGUUGUUCCUGCACCUUUUCGUUGCCUUCAAGGUUUGGUUUUUGCGAUCGGAACACUCUCCUAUAUUAGAAUAAGUAUUAAUUUUAUUUCCGGCUUUUCUCUGCGACGCAGGCUAUUUCUUGUGAGGUCUUCGUUGAUUACUAUUUGCUUUCACGGCAAAACGCAAUGACACAUGUUUCCGGCCGCCAUGAAACAAGCACACCGACGAACACACUCAAUAAUCUGUGUUCGAAACUGAAAUUUUAUAUUCUGUUAGAUUGUUCGGACGCGUGGGAACUAGGCCCUAAGUUAGUCUUCAGGGGCUCGGACCCCCCUUUAGUUUUUUUCGACAUAUGUUUUUUCGCUUGCGUUGUAAAUUCUUGUAGUUUGUUCAUCAUGUUUAUGUUUCGUAAAUACAGUUGAUUUAUGCAAGAAAUCGUUUUAUUCAUGGUCCUUCAGUAGCCGGAUCUACAGUGUCGGCGAGUAUUUGAAGAUACCAGCGGAGAAUUGAGAAUUGGACCUCCGUUUGUGGUGAAGAAUUUGGUCAAGUUGGUCUUGGCAGUGUGGCGAUUGGCGCCAUUAUCUCUUGUGAACUUUGCAGAAAUUUUGGAGUGUUUUAAGGAACGAAACUGUCAUUCAAGGUUAGUGGAGAUUGUGUAUGAAGAUGGUGAAUGACCUGGAGGCUAUUAAGAAGAAAAGACGUUUUCUUAGAAAGUCCGUGACGGACACCUUGAAGUCUAUCGACGAAGCUCUGUCAAUCCCCGAUAACCAUUCUAGAAUUCAGGUUUUGAAAGAUAACAUUGCAAAUAAAUGGAACGAUCUUCAAGAAGUUCAGGCCUCAAUGUGUACUCUAUUGGAAGAGAAAGAGAUUGAUGAAGAAUGCGAGAGUCAUAACGAGUACGAAUUGCGUGUCAUUGAAUACAUGGCGAAAAUGAUGCAUUACUUAGAAAGUAAACAUGUCGGUAAGGAAAGCGCUGGAAGUAAUUCAACCGCAGCCCAAGCGCCGUUGUCGUUAGGCCCCAAGGUACAAGUGAAGCUUCCAAAGAUUGAUCUGCCAACACUUGAUGGCGAUGUUUUAAGCUGGCAGUCUUAUUAUCAGUCAAUUAAAGUCUCAGUGGUGGAUAAUCCAUCUUUAGCUGAUGUUCAGAAAUUAGAAUACCUAAUGAGAUCAUUGAAAGGUUCAGCUGCCGAAGCGGUUAAAGGGUUUGCAGUCAUACAAGAGAAUUAUCAGCCAGUAGAAGGAACGAUUUGGCCAUCCGCGGUUGAUUCUUGAUGCACACAUAAGGUCCCUAAUUCAUUUGCCACAGUUGAAUUCUGAAGAUGCAUUGUCCAUGCGUAAAUUUUAUUUUCAAGUAGUUGGUCAUGUUCGUUCUGUUGAAUCAAUGGGAGAGAAGUUCCGUUCCGAGACCUUGGCGCCUGUUCUCGUGCCUUUAAUUGUUGACCAGUUACCGAAAAAGGUUGUGGAGAAGUGGGAAUUAGAAAUUGGUGACCAUAAAGAGGACUAUGUGAAAUUGAAAACAUUGUUUGCCUUCCUAGAACAGUUAAUAAGAGCUAAGGAGUCCUCCCAGCCUCCCUCUCUUCAAUCGAAGUCCCCCCUGCACAGGAAAACAGUUGGAAUCAUGGAGCCCAUUCCAAGUUUAACCCUUCACGAAAGUACUCUACCUCUGCCUUGUGCACGACAACUCAAGGGCGUGUGUGCAUCAUUUGUGGUAAAAACCAUUGGGUGUGGUCGUGCAUCAGUUUCCUGUCAUUGCCAGUCAAAGAAAGAUUUAGAAAAGCGGUAUCCAAAGGACUGUGUUUUCGGUGCCUUGAAUCUGGUCACAGCGCUGAAGUUUGUCAAAAACCACUCUGUAAAUACUGCCGUGGUAAACAUCACAGUCUCCUGCACUUGGAACCAGUCAAGUCUCAGCCAGAAGAAGCCAAUUCAAAGUCCUCUGAGCCACCAUCCUCAUCUGCAACUCCUCCCUUGUCGUCUUCCACAGUAGCAAGUUCCAUUGCGGUUAAUUCAGGUGGGAAGGUGAUCCUGCAGACUGUUCCUGCUGUCCUUUGUGGAUCCAAUGGUUGCAAAAAGGUUGUCAGAUGUUUCUUUGAUCCCGGCUCCCAAACGUCCUUUGUCCAACAGAGUGUGGUUGAAGAGCUUGGUCUUGAUGGGGAGACCUUGAGAAUUGCAGUCUCGGGUUUUGGAAGAAAAUCUGCUAGGGACACUUUGCGAAAGAGAAUUUCCUUUACGAUAGCACCGGUCAGCGACCCUGGAAAGCCACAAGGUGUUGAGGCACUAACUGCUCCAGUUCUAUGCCGUCCAGCUGAUGCUGUGGAUGUUUAUCCUACCAAGUGGCCUCAUCUUCAAGAUAUAAAGUUUCCAGAGAAAUUUCCCCGAAACGAACAAGAGAUUGAUGUUCUCAUUGGCUUGGGUUUCUAUUAUUCCUUUGUAUCCAGAGAUGAUGUGAGAGGUGGUCCUAAUGAACCAGUGGCACUUCGUACAUCGUUAGGUUGGGUCUUCUGUGGACCAACGGGUGAUCAUGGCCAAGAUUGCACUGUGUCUAUGAGUGUUCAAGUUUGUGCUAACCAAGAACUAAAUGAUACACUUCAGAAGUUCUGGAACUUGGAGUCCAUUGGUAUUACACCUGUUGAAAUGUCAGUUUCCAACAGCCAAAGUGAAAGUACAGUCUUAAAAAAGUUUAAAGAGACAUUAGCAUACAAGAAUGGUCGGUAUGAAGUCUCACUGCCAUGGAAAGAUGAGCAAGUUUUACUGAAAGAUAAUUACAAGCAAGCAAGAAGUAGUCUGUAUAAUCUGGAGAGGAAUCUGCUGCAAGAUUCAUCCAAAGCCAAGUCCUACCAAGAGGCCAUUAAUAAGUAUGUGGAGGACGGAGUAGCAGAAGAGGUACCCUAUGAGCAGUAUGCACCAGCAAAUGGGCGUCCUGUGUUUUACCUUCCACAUCAUGCUGUUAUCCGAGAAGAUAAGCAAACAACUAAGACGAGGGUUGUAUUUGAUGCAUCUGCGAGAGAUGUAAAUGGUGUGUCUCUAAAUAGCUGCUUAGAAGCGGGCCCUGCAUUGCACCCUGAUUUGGUCGGAAUUCUUCUGCGCUUCAGAAAGAAUCAGGUGGGGGUCAUGGGUGAUGUUGAAAAGAUGUUCUUGCAGAUUGGCUUGAAAGAAGAAGAUAGGGAUUCACAUCGUUUCCUGUGGAGAGAUUUGGACCCUGAUGCUACACCUAAGAUUUAUCGAAUGACAAGAGUUAGGUUUGGAGUUAUUUCUAGUCCAUUCCUUGUCAUCUGUACUACUCAAGAGCACGCAAGGAGAUGUAAAGAAACAUUCCCUGAAACAUCAGAUGAAAUCCUGAGGAACACUUAUGUUGACGACUUUGCCUCAGGGAAAGAUACUGUACGUGAAGCUGUGAGGUUACAGCAAAGUUCAAAACAGCUUAUGGAGCAAGCAGCUUUCAAUUUGACAAAAUGGUCCAGCAAUUCGCCUGAGGUUAUGCAAGCCAUUCCUGAGAAAGAUAGAGCAUCAGAUAGUUUGAUCAGAUUGGACAGUGAACUACCGGGAAUGCAUCCAGUUAUGAAAGCUUUAGGUCUAAAGUGGAAUACGAGAACAGACAGCCUUGUCUUUAUGAUUAAAAUUGGACUCUAUUAAAUUGAAAUCAGAGACAUUGUACACUAAGAAAGAACUAGCUUCUUUAGCAGCAAAGAUCUUUGAUCCGAUUGGUCUCAUCUCGCCUUUUACAGUAAGGUCAAAACUUUUGCUUCAGAGUCUGUGGACCCAGGGUGUUGGUUGGGAUGAUGAGUUACCUGAAGAAACCUCUAGGAAGUGGGUUCAGUGGGUUCAAGAGCUUUGAGAGCUUGAACAGCUUCACAUUCCAAGAAGUUACAUUGAUUGGCCUUUAAGCCAGCAUGCAAAAGUGGAGUUACACGCAUUUGGUGAUGCAUCAGAAGUUGCGCAUGCCACCGCCAUCUACAUCAGAGUUGUUCCUAAGGAAGGGAAGGCGUCUACAAGCCUUGUGAUGCAAUUGACUGUCCUAUUAGCCGCAUUGUCUGUUGGACGGACAAUUCUUCCACCUUGCACUGGAUCAGAGGAUCAGCCUCACAGUGGAAACCAUUUGUUGCUAACCGUUUCAUGGAGAUUCAGUCGCUGUUGGAUCCUAGUGUUUGGAGAUAUUGCCCAGGGUCGCAUAAUCCAGCAGAUCUACCUAGCCGAGGCCUAUCUGUCAGCCAGCUUAGAGAGAGCCAGUUGUGGUGGAAGGGGCCCUCUUGGUUGCAAGAGUUAGAAAAGGAUUGGCCAGAGGAUUUAAGAUCCAAGUCUCCAAAUGAAGCUGUACAAGUGGAGAGGAAGAGUAAAGCUAUUGGCAGCUGUGUUGUCCAAACUAGAGAACCGUUUAUUGACAACGCCAGGUUCAGCAAGUACAGUCGAUUGUUAAGAACUGUUGCAUGGAUGAGAAGAUUCAUUCGCAACUCGAAGUUGAAAGAAGAAGAGAGACUUUCAACUCCUUUAACUGGACUAGAGAUACGAGAGGCAGAAGAAUGGCUGAUAGCCCAUGUACAGAAAACAAGUUUUGACGAAGUAGCUUCGUUGGCUAAACAUGGUGGUCCCUUGAAGGACAGUAAGAUAGCAAAUUUAAAUCCAUUUCUGUGCCCUACUAGUGGCUUACUUCGCGUUGGAGGAAGAAUUCAUAACUCUUCAUUACCGGAAGAGGAGAAGCAUCCUAUUAUCUUGCCUUCCAACCAUCCUGUUGUGAAGCUCCUGAUUGAAGAUGUUCAUUGCCGUGAACUCCAUGCUGGCGUUGAGUGUACUUUAUCAGUCCUACGACUGAAAUUUUGGUUGAUCAAAGGAAGAUCAACAGUCCGCCAGACAGUAAAGAACUGCCUAGUUUUUCGCCAUUACCAUACGAAGCCGUUUAUGCAGAAGAUGGCACCACUUCCUGAAGACAGGAUCAAACCUGCACCGCCAUUUACUAAUGUUGGUUUGGACUUUGCUGGUCCAUUGUUUUUAAAAGACAGUGGCGAAAAGGCUUACAUCUGUCUAUUUACCUGUGCAGUUACCUGUGCAAUACACUUAGAGUUAGUGAGCAACAUGACUGCGGAGCGGUUUCUCCUUGCCUUAAGACGAAUGGUGGCAAGAAGAGGAAUGUGCAGUAUUAUUUGGUCAGAUAAUGCUAAAACAUUCAAGAGUGCUAAUAAACAUUUGCAGCAAUGCUGGAGAGUACUUGAAGCUGACAAAACGCAGGUCGCAUUGUCUGAAAGGAAGAUUCAGUGGAAGUAUAUCGUGGAGAGAUCCCCAUGGUGGGGUGGGUUUUAUGAACGUCUUGUGAAGAGUGUCAAGACACCUCUGAAGAAAAUCUUUGCCAAAGCAAUGUUGGAUGCUGAACAGCUGACCACCAUUUUAACUGAAAUUGAGGCACAGCUGAACAGUCUUCCUCUUACUUACGUUAGUGCAGACCCUGGGGACUACAGCGUGAUUACUCCUGCUCAGAUUCUCAUUGGGAGAAAUCUUCAAGCGUCUCCAGCUAAGGACACCCGUGUUUCGGAACACACUUCUAGAGCCAUCACUAAGCGUUUUCAGCAUCAUCAAAAACCUGUCAAUGGAUUUUGGAAGCGUUGGCAUGCUGAGUACCUGAGAUCUUUGAUACCCCUCAAGAAAUGGUUUACAGUUGGUCGCGAGAUACACAAAGGUGACUUGGUCCUUGUUAGCGAAGAUAACUUAGCUCGAGGUCAGUGGAAACGUGCGCGUGUGGAAGUCACCUAUCCUGGUCGUGAUGGUCUUAUCCGAUCAGUUACCUUGCGACUGACAUCUGGAAGUCUUACCCGUCGUCCAGUGCAGCGGCUACACCUUUUUGAAGCCUGUGAUGCUGAUCUAGCUGCUGAACUUGAUUGAACUGACAAAGGAACGUUGACAAAUAUUGAGCUUGAUGAGAACAUUAUUGAUCAAUUUGAAGAUGCACUCCCUACAUCGGGCGGGAGGAUGUUCGGAACUGAAAUUUUAUAUUCUGUUAGAUUGUUGGGACGCGUGGGAACUAGGCCCUAAGUUAGUCUUCAGGGUUCGGACCCCCCUUUAGUUUUUUUCGACAUGUGUUUUUUCGCUUGCGUUGUAAAUUCUUGUAGUUUGUUCAUCAUGUUUAUGUUUCGUAAAUACAGUUGAUUUAUGCAAGAAAUCGUUUUAUUCAAUCUGCGUUCGCUUCUUGUUCUUAUGGAUGAAACUAUAUUCCUGGGUUGAAACGCCAGCCGAUUUCUUCGUCCCUUUCCUUUUAAUGUUGAUUUCGAUGACGUUUAUGCCCAAGCAAGCGCAUGAAACCAACAUUGGGGGGAAAAGGAGAAAACGAUAAACGUAUUUUUGGAACCACUUAGUUUAUCUUGUGUUAACGGAGGUGUUUCAACAAAUUAUUGUAGCGUGAAACUGCUAAUUUUAAUAAUGGAAAGUAUACUACAAGUUACAAAUUGACGUUUGUCGUCUUCUCAAACGUGAUUCUAAAUCUCAUUUUGAUUCAAUGUUUUAGCGCAAAAGUAAAUACGUAAUGUACGUAGUCUUCUUUAGUUAAAAAGCGGACAAAAUAGCAGCUACAAAAUCUUUAGAAUAUAGCUGCAAUAUGCUCGCCAUUGGAUCUUACAGUGCUCCUUGUACUUUAAUUAAAAGUGAACUAUAAUUAUUGAAUUUCUGCAAAUUCAUUGGCUCACCGUAGCUUAUACUUGAAGUGUGCAUUUUUUUUUGUGGAAAUUUAUCUAUCUUGUAUUUGGUAAAUGAUCUGUUACGCAGUUGACAGAGAAAGAAAACGUAGGCAGUCAUUCUAAUUAGUGGCCAAAGUCAAAAUUCGAGAAAAAGUAAAAAUUUCGUUUUAUAAAAUUGUUGAAAAUAAGUAGUAUCAUGUGACAGUACUGCCAAAGACGUUCCAUUUGAAUGGUCACACUAUAGGAUUUUGUCCACAGACUCAGAAGUUAGAACUACACAAUAAAAAAAUAGUACCCCAGCAUGUGAAAGUACUGCUGAAGAGUCUUCAUUUGGAUAGUCCGGCACCGUAGGAUUUCAUCCAUAGACUCCAAAAUUAGGACCACCUUGUAAGAGUCUUUUAUUUACUAUGGGAGUGUAAGGCUUUAUAGUACAUGUAAUUAUUUUUCCAUUUAAUCUUAGCCUAGAGUUAUCAGUGAUUAGAUUCUCCUUAAGAUCUGUUACCCUAAUCACUCAACCACAAUUUGUCUUUUACGUGAUCCCUGUGAAACCAUCAUCAUCAUGACGAAGAAAGAACGCACCUUUAACACACUAAGCGUCGCUCUACCAAUAGGCGUAGCCAUUGUCAUUUGUCAUUUAAAAGAGAAGUUAAAAAUCAUAUCAGCUCUUAGACCAACCCAUAAAGGUCAGGAGUUCAUCACUCCGGGUUGUCCAUUGGCUGCUAAUAAGUAUCAUAGUGCGUUAGAUUUUCCGUCUAUUUCUAGCAUGUUUUCUUUUCCCGCAAAAAUGCAAAAUUACCGUUCAGUAAUCUCCAAUCAGUAAACUCUCUUCGCUUGUCACUUCGUGUACCUCAUCCACUACGGUACCUUGUUGGAAAUCAUUCUCGGCUCUGAUUGGGUGAUAGUUCUAUCAUGCGAAAGAUGAAUCUGCAAAAAUCUAAAACGCUUUGAUCAUGACGUAGACCUUAAUUAAACGAAAGAUGAACGGCCAAAGGCGAUUGGCUCCUGUUAAGGUACAAUUUCUCCUUUUCCCAUCCACUGUCAGGUGCACCAGGACAGCAACAAGAGGAAUUUGAAGUCGCUGUUUCGAGGUUGACCAGCACACGCGAUGGUCGAUCCGAAUACAAGGUUAUCAUUAAAGUUUCUGGCAAUCCGUUAAUUGACAAAGUUGAAUUAAUCAGUGAUGUAGUAAGGAAAGUGUUAGAUACUGUUUUGGUUGACGAAGCAGCACGUAACAUCCGGAACGUACAGCCGUAUAACUCAAUUCUUGUCGAAUUGCACUGUUAUACGACAAAAAGUUUCCGCUCUUUAAUGGAAGACUUAGAAAAUGGAAGAGUAAAGAGACGGCUGGAGGAAGAAUUUGAAAAGGUUGGAUGCAAAGGGGAACUGGAAGUGACUCUCAUAAAUGCAGAGGAGGUGCAUGAGGCGCUGGACGAGAUAAGGUAAUUUUGUUGCUUCUGUAUUCACUGAAAAAUUAUAUGUAACAAUAUACAAGGACUUUCUCACUAAAAUACUAUCACCAUUUGAGUACGUUUCUUAGAGCACAAACCAUCGCCACCAUCAAAACGGCCUGCUCCCAAUGUAUCUCAGUAAAGUAGCUCAGUAAUGGUAGAGCACUGCAACGCAGAAGCCAUGAGUUCGAAUCCCGUUAAAGCCUCAAAAUUUUUUAUCGGCUUUAUGUAUUUUGCAGUUGCUUAAACUGUUAAGCCGAUUUUCAUAUGACCUUGAAAUGAAAACGCGCCAACAAAACAGAAACAACGAGCGAACGGAAAUAGAGCGAUAUGAUUUGUUUAUCAAACGAAUACAAACAUGUGUGGCUUUUGGUUGGUUAAGCGAACGUUGGGGUGAAAAAACCUCAUGCCUGAGAACUUUCUACAAUCAAUCGAUACUUCGCUUUGACGUCAUACUGCAACACGAUUGGCCAAUCGAACAAUGCCUUCUCCAUAUUCGGCUUUUCUAUGGCGGGAAAACGAAGAGGUCAUGUUUUGAUCUUUUCAGCCAUUGGCUGAUAAAACAAAUAACGAACACUUACCGAAACCAUUUUUUAAGAUCAUACGAAAAUCGCUGUAUUACAACUGUGGCGAUCAUAUCUUUUUUUUUUUUUUUAAUUUGUUUUUCCGCGGUUCACAUCAUCUUCAUUAUACUAGCCAUUACUGCCUUCGCUUUGAAGCAAUAAAAUUGCCUAAUCAGGCAUAAAAUUUACAUUUAUAUAGCUUUAAAAAUAUUUUUCGUUCGAGUUGUCUCCGUAUUCACACUGUCGGUAGCCUGUUCCAGGCGUUCAGAUAGUAGAGCGCGGCGGUAAGUGGGGAGCGAGUUAAUUAAGUUGUACACCGGGAAAACGGGGGGCGAGGAACGGGGGGGCCCUUCCCUCUCUAGUUUCCCCUCGUUUUUGUUUUCUUCGUGAAUUUUUCCCCCGCGCUCUACUAUCUGAACGCCUCUGUGAAACACUGUGAUGCCUUUAAGUACCUAGGCGUAGUUUUGGACAACAGUCUUUCCUUUAAUUUGCAUAUUGACUAUGUAAAGAAGAAGGUUUCUAAAACACUAGGGAUGUUUUCAAGAAUUAGAUCAUCAUUAACAACUGAACCGAUUGUAUAAAUCGAUGAUACUACCAAAUUUGGAAUACUGUUGUGCUGUUUUUCAUGGCUGUGGUAAAGGAAAUGAAGAAGAAUUGGAACGCCUGCAGAGACGUGCUGCUAGGAUAGUGUUAAAGACGGUGCAUUUGUCCACUCAAGAUAUGGCUUCUGGUCUUGGUUUGGACCCUCUUAAGACGAGAAGAGAGAAACAUAUCGUCAAACUUGUCAAGAAUUGUCUUGAUGGACAAGCUGCAAGUUAUUUCUCAGAUUAUUUUCGACGGCGAACUUAUGAUAUUCAUGACUAUGACACUAGGUCUAAGGAUAGGUUAUCUAUUGAUAAAGUCAAUUUCGAGUUGACUAAGAGGGCCUUUGUUUAUAAGGGGGCUACCCUUUUUAAUGAUUGUAUGUAGUUUUGUUCAUAAGGAGGCUACUUUUUUUCAUUGAUUAUAAUUAUGUAAUGUAUCCCAGUUUCGUAUAUAAUUAACGUUUUUAUCUUUUUAUUCAUUUAUUUUUAUACAGGACCCAUAUUGAUAGCAGUUUUUAUAACUGAAAUGGUCAUCCUGUUUAAACAUGUUAUUAUUAUUAUUAGAUAUGUGCAGAUUUGGAGCCGAAUUGUUCACCUUCUGUGUCUUGUUAAAGCGGGUUUUGGAGUGAUUUCUAAACUGGCCGCCAUUCUGACCAUCUAACUGGAAGUACAGGAAAUUUAGCAGGUUUAGUCUAAAAUGACGAUGAAAUUGUUUAUUCUAUGUUUUUUCCAGAUAUUUAUGUCAUAUAAAAUAGUCAACAUUAGAUUCUCAUACAAACACUGUAAUUUAUCACACGGUUACCUACACGUCAGAAUGGCUUUCAAAAUUGUGACAAGGUCUAUUAGUUCAAUUAAUUGUAUUUUUUGCAUCGAGAUGCCUCGUCGCGCGCUUCAUGUUAACGGACUCAAAAGGAAUGUCAGCAAGAAGAUAAAGGGACAUUGUUACCAGCAGUAGCAAGGCUUAACUUGCAACCAGUCACCACGGAAAACUCAGGCUUACAAACAAGGCUGCGUGUUUCAAGCCACCGAACACUUCGAGCAACUGAGCUACCAAACAGCUAUAAAUGCAGCCCCUAUUAGGUCAUUAUAAUUAUUCAUGACAAGUACUCCGGGUCUUCAGUAGGGAAUCUAGAUAGGUUCACUCCACCCUCGGAGAGCCAGGGGCGGUCAGUUGGGUACGAAUAAUGGCGGUGAAAGACCCAGGAGUGGUUAUUUGGAUCAGGAAAAACAGCGGCGAAAGUUUUCAAUAACGGGCGAGAGAGCCCCUGGAAUGCUUCUCUUAGCAAACCAGCUCCACGAUUCAUUUGAAUGUUUGUCUGUACUGGGGCACAAAAAAUAUUUUGGUUCCCAAUCAGAGGCCAGCAUCUAUCGCGCUGCUUUGUCUUUUUUUACGAACCAGUUUACCUGCAAACUCGACUGUUUCCUCUACAACCGUGAUAAAUUUUCUCCUCUGUCUGUAUCAGUCUGGCUCAUGCAGGAGAGCUUUCUUCGUUAAGAGUUUCAGUGAAAAUGAGCCCCCAAAGUUUACUCUACAAGUUUCAUUCUAUCCUCAUGUAUAACUGAGCAGAAAACUUUAAAAACAAAUUUACAAACUUUAAAUGGCGAAAAAAAUUCUCCUGCACGUGCCUGACAAGAAUACCGAGUAGGCGUAAACAAUCACGAAGACGAUGUUGCAUGAAAAAGCCUAGAAGUACUCUAGUGUUUACGAAUUUACCCCCGAUCAGUUCACAGGCUGAUCUCUUCAAUUGGUUCAUUUUUCGUUUCGUUUUGUUUUGGUGACAUGCUAAAUUAUGGGGUAAUAUUUCCAUAUAAUCCCAUACAUGUAUUAUGCAUGUAUGUUUCCAUUCUAUUCAUAUCAACUAUUUGUGUGAAACAGGGUGAAGUUUCUGCAUUCAUAAUAAGUUUAUGAGUUUAUACGGAUUUACCAAUUAUGGAAUUUCUUUACCUGGUUUUUUUGGAGGCCUUUUUAACCGGAGAACUCUUCUCCUCUAGAAAGCUCCCCUGCCAAGAGCCAAGCAUGUGUGGCCAACAGUCGAGUUUGCAAGUUAACUCCUUCGUUUAGGAAGAUCACUAAAGCAGCGCAAUAGAUGCUGGCCUCUGAUUGGGAUUAGAGACAGACAUUCGAGUGAGUCGUGGAACUGGUUUGUUAAGAGUAACAUCCCAGGGGUCCUCUCGCCCCUUCUUGAAAACUUUCGCCGCUGUUUUUCCUGACCCAACUGACCACUCAUGGGUCUCAGAGGAUGGGUUCACUUAGUAUCUACUUAACUUUGAUUUCUUUUUUAAGCUUCGCUCUCGGCCCGUUCGAUUUGUGCCACGACUUAUGCAAUUUCGGUCCAUCUUCCGAGUCACCGACACUUCUUUUUAUCUCGGCUUCUUCUUUUCUUCUUAAUUGUACUAUUGCAAGCAGCCUUUUCAAAACUUUUCAAAGCAGAAUAAUUGCGUCAACAUUUUGAAGACUGUCAGUGUGAGUCUCUUUAAUUUUAGUGAUGACAACCGUAUUUAGAUCUGUUCCAGUUCAGGCCUUUUCAAGUGGUCAAGAACACUUUACGUUUCGGGUUCUUAUUUUUCUUAUCAGUCUGUUGACAGCCCCUGCCAAACUUUUGUACACUUGCUCAACCUGAAAUGUUGACGCAAAUAUUUUAAAAACCGAGCCUUUUUGUGGACAAAACAAACAAUGACGACAACAAAAAACAAUCUUUCUAUGACGUCAUUCGUGUAUCUGGAGGCAACGACUAAUCACGGUGCGCCUACCAUUCACUACAUUGUAUAAAUUCUAUUGCACAUCCUGCUAAAUUUAAAAGUUAAUUAACAUUAGAAAAAUAACGUUUAAUCUCUUACUAACCUCGUUUUCUCGGUCAGUUAAAGUUGGGUUCCUCGUUUUUUCUAUUGAUUUAUCGCCCGGGGCUUCACGUUUGGCGAUAAAUCAACGGGAACAAGACGCUACGGAGCGUACACUUCGGCGUCGUGGUUGUGGAACUGAUUAAUUGUAAAUGCGGAGGAGUAGUAAGAAAUGAAAUAUGGUAAGAGUAAGGUGUUAAUUUGUGAAAUUAUGGGAUUUGUUAGGAUAUUCUGAAAAGAGCAACAUCCAAGAGGCCUACUUGCCAAAAACUAGCAUUUCGGGACAAAUUGUCUCCGAGAUGUUAGCCCAGUUAUGCUCUGAUGACUCCAUACAAAUCCUUCUAAAAAAACAAUUCUCUAUUUUUCUUAGUCACAUCAGGCUUCAAAAACAGCAUAGCAGUCUCCUUUACUGAAUAAAGAUAUGUAAGGCAUGGGUAAGGAGUCAAUUACGUUGAGCAUGGAAUUAACUAAAAACCAAAGUCACGAGUUCGAAUGUUUUGAGGAUAAUUAUUCAUUGACUAUCAGCACGCAGGGAUGUCGGAUUAACACAAGGAAGUUUAACACCAAAGGAACAUAGCCUUUACAGAGCUUUAAAACACAGCAUCCGCCAACAUAAACUUGACUUGAACUUUGAGUAAAACUAAACAGCCUCUACCAAUAAUAACAAACUCUCACUUGAACUUCAGAUAUCUUGCGGCUUCCACGAACUUGUAAACAUAGAACCUGAAAAUCGACCUUCGUCACACUUGACUAAACACAGCAAUCCAGCUCGUGGGAAAAAACUUAGUUCGUCGAAAGAACUCGCUUGGAACUUGUAUACCGUUUGACAUAAGGUUCUAGAAAAUACCAAACAGGCGAAUAGUAGUAGCUUUUCGACAUAUUUUAUGAUUUCAGUAACUGAUGCAAAUCUGCUGAGUCAUGCUGAAAUGUAAAACAUGCCCUAAUUAAUAAUUCAUGAAUAAUCCAAAAACGUAGAGAACGUUCGAGAAAGUCACGCAACGCAUGAAAGCAAUUAUGUCUUUGUGCAGCAUUUUGUAACUUUAAAUUCAUCAUAAAACAGUUCGAAAGGAGGGCUCACUCGUGAAAUGUUUUUCAACACUCGAAGAGAAAUUUCGUGUCUCUGCACGGCCACAAAAUAUCCUCUAGUUAUUCCUCGAGUAAUUAAAGACUUAACUCGAAGUGAUCUCGAGAUAUCACGAAGUAGUCCGGUCUCAUUUCGGGAAAUAGUUGAAACAAGCCGAAAAGUCGCGAACUUGCACUCCCAAUCUUGUCCCGAAACUAGUGCAUCAUUUCAUAACUAUUUUUCAUAUGCCAAACUACCUUGGGUCGCAGUAGCGCAAUCGGCUAAUCCCUCAACUUAGAGUCUCCUCUGAUCUGACAGGUCACACAGGUGAGUCGGUUCAAACCCCGGGAAAGCCAAAGUAAUAACUCUUUCUUCCUCGAAAAAGUUUAAAGAAUAAAUCAAAGAAAUCGAAGUGAUCUCGAGAUAUCUCGAACUAAUUCGGCUCUCACUUCGUCAAAUAGCCGAAUAGAACCGAAAACCUACAGACUUUGCUUGCCCAAUCUUGUCAAAAAAUUGUAACUUUGAUACAUUCCUGAGCGUCGCGAAACCUUUACUUCGCGCUCCGCCGAAGUAAAAAACUCGGUCCGCAACUUACAGUUUGGGCCUCGAACUUGAUUUAUUGUAAGACGUAUCUAUGUAGGAUUCUAGGAUUACAGUAAGAGUAACAGACUCGGAAUUCUCAUUGGGCGGAAAAGUUGUAAUUGGAUCUGGCUUUUCUUUGUGUCAGAUAAUACCCUCACAGUGUGGUAUUAAUUUUUGUCUUUUAAGAGCACAGAUGGCCAUGAGCAAGAGGGAGGGUGAACUUCCUGCGGUAACAGAUGGUGAGUGUGUAACAAAAACUAACAAUUGAUUUAUCGUCGUCAUACCCAUAACAACUCGUUCCCAAGAAUUUGCCAGUCAUGUGCCAAACAAGAGCAAACCAUAAACAGUUGAAUGGUCAAAAGUAACUCAUAUUACCCUCUUUGAGAAUGCAUCUGUUAUUUUGUGCAUUCUAAUUUUGGAGUUGUCAUCGUUUAACAAGAUCACUGUUGACAUUGGUAACAUUAAAAUGUCAUCUCCAUAACCUCUUCCCCACCUUUUUACUUCAUUAAGUUAUUUUUCCCUACACAAACACCCUCGGUGACUGCGUUAAUGUGCUUGUGACUUUCACUUGAAGUAGCCCUGUUAGCUUUAUUUUUCAUUAAUAGAAUUAACCUCGGUUUUUCUAAAAAACUCUGGGGUAACCUUUCAGCGGCAUGGAAGGGCUGGGGGAUGAAUCAUUGGUGCUUCCCAGCAUUAAUAACGUUUUAGUAAACAAUCUGUACACAUUUUAGCAGAGUUACCUAUGCCCAGUCUGUCAAAUUGUUUGCUGCACUUUUUACUGCCUCUUUAUCAUUCAGGCAGUUUCCUGAACAAAUUGGCUUGAUCUCCCUUUCGUUGACUGUCUCUGACUGUUUUCUUUGUUGGAGGGCGUUUCUGUGAAAAUGGGACAGUGAAUUAUGGCUAACCAAGAGUAUCCUCUCUUGGGCUGACUGGUUAUCUUUUUUUCUUUUGACAUUUUUGAGAUUCGAAAAAAGAGGCCGUCGCUUCUUCAACGGUUUCUUCGGAAGGAGAGGAUACGCAGACAAUGCGUGAGGAUGUAGAGGAUGAAAUACCUUUCGUAUUCUAUAACGGUAAAUCCGUUUUUCAGCGACUAGAUUUUACUAGUCGUGGAUCAAAAAGUAACAGACCAUAAGCAAUUAAAUGAUCAAAGUCUCAUAUUCCCAUUCGUAUUGAUUAUCCCUUUCUUAUUCUGCCCAUUUUAAGUUUAAAGUUUUCAUCUUUUAACAGCGAUUCGUUUCGCAGCUACUAAAGGUGCGUCUUACUGCGAUGAUCUUCAUAUUUAACAAGACCACUGUUGAAAUUAUUGAUGUGAAAAUUCUAAUAGUAACCAAUCAUUUGAUAGAUAUUCGGACAACUGAUGACAAGCGGAUCAGUAAAUAUCGACCAGAGGUCUACAAAAGCGAAAAAUCGAAAAUUCUCAAAAAAAUUCACAAAGUAGCUCUAGGUAAGCUAUUAACAUAAAUGUAAUUUUUACUUCGAUCCGAUAAUUAACUCCAAACAGGAACUCUUUUUCAGGAGUAAAAAUCACCUCAGAUAUUGAGUUAAAAUAACCCCCUCCAAAGGGAGUUAUCCUGUACCUAAAAUUUUUACUCUACUUUCAGAGUUAAAGUACAGUGAAACCUGUAUUAAGCGGACACCCUCGGGGAAUGCUGUAGUGUCCGCUUAAUGCAGGGUGUCCGCCUAAUACAGGUUUCGAUAGAUAACGUCAUUUGAGGUGUCAAAUGCCACUCAAAUGAACAGUGGAAACGUUUAGCUGUACUCCCAGAGACUAUGACGAUAUACAUUUGCAUUAAUUUCUUUAUUUAAGUGGACCAGUUGAUCAAAGUACCAUAAAGAUAGAUUGCAACUCAAAUUUGAAGAAGGAUGAGUGAAACAAGCCCUAUACAAACAAAAGGAAAUAGAAAACAAUACUGUACUGUGAAACUAAUCAAAUAAGUCACCUUUUUUAAUGUAAAAAUUGAAAAAUUUGUGGAUGGCAAUCUUUCGCAUUUCCGGUGUCUGGCAUGUUGGGGGGUGGAAUUUAAUUUAGUGUCCGUUUACUACAGGUUGGAAACAAUAGAAAUGACCAUUUCAGGUACUUUUUAGGUGUCCGCGUCCGCUUAAUAGAGGUGUCCGCUUAAUAAAGGUUUCAUUUAAAGUAAAUAAGGGAAAUACAUUUGGGGACUUCGGCUACUGUCCGCUUAAUAGAGGGUGUCCGCUUAAUACGGUGUCUGCUUAAUACAGGUUUCACUGUAACUCCAAAAAGAGUAAAAACAACCAAUGUAAGGAGCAAAAAUAACCCCAUUUUCGGAGUUAUUUUAUCUCCAGACUGGGAGUCAAAAGAACUUUUCUUCAGGAGUAAAAAUGACCCUAAAGUUGGAGUUAAAUUAGGAGUUAAAGUAACCCCAUAAAAGGGGUUAUCCUGUACCUAAAAUUUUUACUCCAUUUUAGGAGUUAUAAUAACUCUCUAAAAAUUACUGUCUAAUACAUGAUCUAUUUAUAGUCACUUAAGAGCUCUACCAGUAUCGUUUUUCGUUAAUUUACCGUUUAGUUAUUUGCAUGUAAAGUAAAUCUUGAUAAAUUGUGUCAGACUAUACAGCAACAAUACGUAAUUUGUUUUACAGGCGCUUGUAGAUAUUUGUCACAUCUUCCGCGUCCUACACGAAAGUUUGUUAAUCGCAAGCAAGAAAUUGAAGACAUUAAGAAACAUCUUCUCCUACACCCAGAAAACGACUGCAGUUGUGUCUUAGUACACGGUGCUGUUGGGAUGGGAAAAACAGCCACUGCUGUUAAAGCGGCAAACGAGAUUCUAGAUAAUGACGAUAACACUGCUGUCGUCUACAUCAACUGCUGUGUUGUCAAUUUAUGUGAUGAUCUUGCGGCGAAGAUUUCCCAUCAAAUCUAUCAUUUCCCUUUGAAUGAGUCCACUGCAGAAGUUAAAAGGAGGCUAAUAAGUGAGAAAGAUCUCCUCGUCAUAUUGCUGCUGGACAAUUUUCAAUACUUAGAGCCCCUGGAUCGCAAUGAGGAAGCCAACAUGAAUCCGGAGAUAACAAGGAUUGACCAAACAGAAGGGUUUAAAGUUAAAAAGUUCAUCACAGAAAUCAUCACAGCCUCAACUAACGUCAAGCUGCUCGUUACCUCAUCAGUGUGGGCGUGUUUUCCAGAAACAUGUCAACAGACAGUAAGGCUGGAUCCGUUAGAGAGGAGGGCAUCAUUUGAGCUUCUGAAGAACACCUAUUGUACUGACCGUCAGCUGGACGAAGAAAUUGCUUACAAAAUAGCCGAUAUUUGUGAUGGUAUUCCGCUCGCCCUUAUUUCAUUGGCUUCUUGGCAAGACCAUCCACCCGAUCUUGUGCAAAUGAUGACCAACGCCAACCCAAAGGACCAAUUCAAGAAAUUUAUAUCAAUUCCUGAAACUGAUGCAAGUAAGAAAAUAGACGUGUGCCUUGACGCUUGCUUUUACAGACUUGACCAGGAUCUACGACACACUCUUAUUUGUCUUUCGCUGUUUAAAGGACAUUUUACCAUGUCAACAGCUAAAGAAGUCUUCUGUUCAGAGGGGUUAGAAGGCCGCAUUUUGGAAUUGGCUGGUCGAUCUUUCUUAGAAAGGAGCACAUGCCCUAAAGCUCCGUGCUGGUACAGUCUUCUUGGAGUCCAAAAACUCUACUGCCAAAACAAGGCCCAAGAAGACGGUGCAAAACAAGAAUACGAGAACGGCCGAAAGCGUUUUAUCGACCACUAUCUCUCUCUUCUUGAAGAGGUUUUCAAGAAGUUCCUGAGCAAAAGCGCUUUUGAAUCUUGCGAUAUGUUUCGUCAGGAAGUGGAAAACAUCAUGCAACUUCUCGACUGGUUCAAGAGUGACGUCUUGGACGACGAACAAAGACUAAGGUGUAUUGAUGUGUUCAACAAAGCAGCCGAGCUACUUGCAAAGAUGAUGGGGGACAAGCGAUUUAAUGCGGUUUUUAAUAUGCUGAAAGACAAGUGCCUACUGUUGCAAGAUGAAAAAAGGUUAAGUGACUGUCUUACUUCACUAGGGAUAAAAGAGGCAUUCAGUUGUUUCUUUUCCUUCAUCUGUCCCGUGAAGCUGGAGAGAGCUAAAGAUUACUUUAUUAAAGCCGAUAUAAUCCAGAGCGACCUUGCAAUUAAUACCGGUAAUAGCAGAGCCCAGUGCCUUGCCAAACAUGGCCGUUGUGUCUCUAUAGAUGGCGAAUUUGGCAAAGGAAAGGAGAUGAUUAAUAAAGCAAUCGAUAUUCGUAAGGGCCAUGGCGAAGAGGAUAGCGUCAUGUUAGGUGCAACAUACAACGACUUAGCAGGUGAGCCUAAGUUCUUCCUGCACACAGGGAGUCCUCGACAUCGUACCCAGGGUCCUCUCCCUUACGCCCUCGAGAAAGAGGGGUGAAGAAGUUGUAUCUUAGAUAAGGAGGGGAUCCAGAACACCGAAGGAAAGUUAGCCUAUGAACAAGCUUUCUGUUUGGGAAAAGGGUGAAAAAGUCGCGAGGAGAGGGAAGGGAAAGCGUGAGAGCCUGCAGACAAACACUUUGCCCGAACAGAGAGCCUGUUCACAGGCUAAAGAAAAGUUAAAAGCCUGAGGCACAAGGCGUUAAGUUCUUUCCUAGAUCCGUCCCUAGGGAUGGUUGAUCCCAGCAGCUGGCUAUCUUACCGUGCGGGCUUUGUCCAAAGAGAAACAGUUAUGAAUAUACUAAACUUUGACAUAAAGUUUCAACUCAGUGUGGUUCUCGAUUUCCUAUGUCUCCUAGCUUGAAACCAUUUUAGCCUAAAUUUUAUUUUAACCUUCUAAAGAUACAAACCACGAGCCCAUGACCCGGAGUGAGCAACUUCCAUAUGUACUCGUGUCACGUCGUUUCGGCACGGACCAAUUUAUUUUUUGAACGAUUUUGGUGCGAAUUUACAGGCAUAGGUGUAGCUAAAGGCUUUGCUCGCUCCAGGUUAUGCCAAAGGCUCCUAUACAAACUCGUUACAUAUUUUCAUGAUUUUCAAGUUCAUAAUGCCAUGGUAAUGUGCUACGUUACGAAAACUGUGAAUUUCUCCUGUGUUCUAGUUGUCCUCUCCCUGGAAGCGGCACAUCAUCAAAAACAACAUCAACAAGAACGAGAACGAGAACGAGAACGAGCCAAUGUACUUUUCCGAGAAGCCGUAAAAUUCAGAACACGUGAAACGCUUCCAAUAUACAGAGAAAAGCUGGGCGAUCAUCCUUUUACAGCUACCAUCCUAAACAACCUGUCCAAAAACUACCGUGCUCUGGAAGAGUUCGAACACGCUAAAAAGUGUUCAGAGGAAGCGCUGAAAAUUCGGCGGGUAUUCCUUCAGGAGCACACGGAAACAGCUUUAUCUCUAUUUGAGGUUGCAAUGGUUCUUAAGGAAACGAACGAGUUACAAGCAGCGAAAACUAACCUUGAGCAGUGUUUAGCCAUGCAGAAGAAGGUGCUGGAUGAGAAACACAAGGAUCUUGAAAGGUAAGCAGGAGUGAGUGUAAUUGACUCUACAAUGCGAGCACAAGCAGGGUUGGGUGGGAGGAAUUGAUACACUUCCCCCAACACUAGUCGAACUUGCCAGCGGGGAUCUUUCUCUUGGGUGCAGGUGCCAUAUCUUCAGGUAAAAUGAACGUAUCGUCAACCUCAGGUUUGUUAGUCAGAUCACUAUUUCGAGGUACCGACGUAAAAAAGGGACUAUGUAACGUUUUUCUAACCAUUCCCUUCACUGUGUUAAGUAGUAACCUGUGUGAAAAUAAGCUUAUUGAAGUCAUUUGUUUCUGCAAGUGUUUCCUGGCUUAUAUGCAACUAUGAAAAUGGACCUCGCUUUUGAGUCUAUUUCCAGUCAAACAACACUUUACGUAGGUACAAAUGAAUUUUAUCAGUAAGCAGAACCUUCAUGGCUGGAUCCAGGAUUAUUGAAGGGAACGUGGCUGGUAUAGAUGGGUCACCAAAUUUUUCAUCAAUUAAAAUUUUCUUACGGCAAGUCCGGCAAAAGUUGCAAAUCAAGGCCGAACUGGAAACCUGUAACAUUGGAAACUGUACUCCGUGAAGCCACAAAAUAAGGAAAAGAAAGACCCAAAACAGGAAACUUCACAAAGCCUCGAGCGUUUCUUCCAGAAAAAAGUUAGGUAGAAUUCUUCCGCGCCACCGCCCCUGAGAACAAAUCAAAAUGGCGGAGGCAAUAAAACAUAAAACAAGAGUGUUAGCGGAAAAGAACUCAGAAGAGCCCCUUUCAUGUACGUUUUAGAGAUGUCUGGGGGGAAGUGGAUGCAACAAUAAAAACGAACAAAAGUGGUCUAGCCAUGUUGAGUAGUGCCUUAAAUGCAACGAAACGAGGUAUUUGAGGUUGUGAUAAGUCACAGAUGACAACUUGAAAAAACUGGGCGAGCAUUUCAAGUAGCUCUGUAAAUGGUUCAAAACUUUGCCAAAAAUUUUAAUCGUUUUCUCUUUCCCCGUGUGCUAUAGGGGCCUUUCGGCUAAGAGACUGAAAUGGCGCUUCUUAAUUUUACAAUUAUAAUUCUCGUGCUAUUGAUGGGGAUGUAUUAGACAACCCGCUGCUAUUGCCCCUUUUUUCUUAGCUGUGUCAUGAAUGAUACCUUAAAAUUUUUGCCGUUUUCUUUGUGAUUGCCUUUUACAGUAAAGUUUUCUUUUUUACAGUACCAAGAAAGAACUGGAAGAAGUGUGUAAGCGCCUCGAGGAUCGAUAUCAGGAGAGGAAAACAUGAUGAUGAUGAUGAUGGAAUGAAAAGUAGCCUUUCUCAAGAAAUUUAAAAAUUUGCUUUGAAAGCAAUUCAAACGAGGUCAUUUCAUUUCUUAAUGGUCUUCCGUAGCUAGCCAGUACUUUGAAAGUUUUGGGGUGUGUGGCACUUUAAAAUAUCUAAAAACAAAUUAUAACAGUUUUUUUUCAUAUUAGAACACGCACUGAAAACUUUGGUGCAUGUACAGAACAUCGGUUGCCAGUAGUUACUAAUGAAGGGGGUUCCCGCGUAGCGUUUGUGUGUGACUGUUAAAAGUGGGAAGGUGGUAAGUUAAACGCUGAUAACCUGACUGCAAAUAGAACUCCGAC